AUGGUGCGGGAUCUGUGUGGUUUGUGGUCAAACCAGGCGCAGCAGCAACCACCCAGAUUUCUCAAGUGGAGGACCUCCGAUGCGUUCAUCUGCUUCGUGGUUUGCUUCGCCGUCUUCACGGAUGUCUUCAUGUAUGGGUUGAUUGUGCCCGUGGCCCCAACGGCCCUGCGUGAUAGAGUUGGGAUGUCCGACGCCGAUGCUUACCGUGACUCAGUUCAAUCGUGGCAAUCGACCUUGCUGUCUCUUUACGGAGUAUCUUUGUUAGCAGUUUCACCCAUCUGUGGGUACCUGGCCGAUAAAUUCCAGUCGCGAUGGUGGCCCUUUAUUGGGGGACUGGUGGUUCUCGCCGCCGCCACUGCUCUUCUUUGCGUAGGGACGAAUCUUGCUUUAUGGAUUGUCGGGCGUCUCUUUCAAGGAGCAUCUGCCGCGGUUGUGUGGACUGUGGGAAUUGCGCUUCUCGUUGAUACAGUCGGGCAGGAAUAUCUGGGCCAAGCGUUGGGAUAUCUGGGAAUGGCGAUGACCAUAGGAACAAUGACUGGCCCGCUCCUGGGAGGAGUCGUCUACGGUGCCGGGGGCUACUAUGCUGUUUUCGGGAUGUCGUUUGGCAUAAUCGCAUUGGAUGUCAUCUUUCGACUCGCCAUGAUCGAGAGGAAGGACGCACUCAAGUGGCUGCAGGCCGAUGGCCGACCGAUUGUCCCGGCAGAGAAGCAAGGAAGUGGCAGCGACUUGGAAACUGCUGUUUCGCCGGCAGCCUCCGAGGGCCUGAAAGGUCCCCCGCACGACUGCCACGAGCAGGAGCGCUCCUCCUCCUCCGCCUCGACCGACGUUGGAUCUGCGAAGAAACGGCCCAGUACCAUGCAUACACUCCUGACCUCGGGCCGCAUGAUGACGAGCAUGUGGGCGUAUUUCAUCCUCUCCCUCGCCCUGACGUCCUUCGACAGCGUGCUGCCGCUGUUUGUCGAGCAGAAGUUCGGCUGGGGCCAAACCGGCCAAGGGCUCAUCUUCAUCGCGAUCUCCGUGCCGCAGAUCCUCGACCCCGUGGUGGGGUACAUCAUCGACAACUACGGCCAGACUCGACGGUACAUGGCGACCGGGGGGUUUCUUGUGGCGGUGCCGGCUUUGGCCUGUCUUCGCUUUGUGACCGAGAACACGGUGGGCCACAAAGUGCUCUUGUGUGCGCUGCUUGUCCUAAUCGGGGUCUGCGUGUGUCUGAUCAUGUCCCCGGUUCUGGUGGAGGCGACCUACUACGUGCAGGGCCGGGAGGCGGAGACGCCCGGGAUUUUCGGGGAGGGAGGGGCCAUUGCGUUUGCGUACGGGGUCAUCAACAUGGCGUACGCGGUGGGGACGAUCAUCGGGCCCUUUUUCGCGGGCUUCAUCAAGAACGAUGCCGGUUGGAGCACGAUGAGUUGGGCGUUGGCCUUGAUGUCCGGGGUGACUGGCAUUCCUACCUAUAUUUGCCUGCGGGGCACAGUGCGCGACGGGGCUUCUUCCAAGGUCGAGUCGCCCUGA